AUUUUAAUUUUGUGCAAAAUUGACAACGUCAACAAUGAAAGCAAAAGGGAAAGGCGAAAAAUGAUAAAAAAAUGUCAACUUAAAAUUGUUACAUAGCCGGUUUAAUGAAAGUACCUGCUUCGUUCAAGGUUAAAAUCAAUUCUUAGUGGUUCUAAGAUGUCCGAAAUUUAAAUAAAUCAGUUAUUCAACUCCUAGUUUUUCUGCAAAAUGGUAGCAAACAACUUGACAAAGGUAACAAAUGUUGCCCCAGAAAGUGUAUUUUUAUACAACCCAGACAUUUUAAAUGGACUAGAUUGGAAUGCAGUUAAAAACAAAUUAUCCCCGUUUAUUACAAAUGAAAAUCCCGGAGAGGAUUACUUUCUAGUAAGGCCCUUAAUGAUUGAUGAUUACGACAAAGGAUAUUUGCAACUGUUAAGUCAGUUAACAGUUGUGGGAAAUGUAUCAAAAAGUGAUUUUGAAACUCAGUUUAGAAAAAUGAAGGAAACAGGAGGAUACUUUGUAACAGUUGUUGAGGACAUUAGACACAAUAAAAUUAUUGGUUCAGCUACCUUAAUAACCGAACUAAAAUUCAUUCAUCAGAGUGGUUUAAGGGGUAGGCUAGAAGAUGUAGUAGUAAACAACACAUACAGAGGAAAACAACUUGGGAAAUUAGUUGUUCUAACAGUGACAUUGCUUGCUAAGAAAUUGGGUAGCUAUAAAAUGUCUUUGGAUUGCAAGGAUCAGCUAAUACCUUUUUAUCAGUCGUUAGGGUACAAUUUAGAACAGGGGAACUCAAAUAGUAUGAUGCUUAGAUAUGAGUCUAAAUUAUAAAAAAAAUAACUACUGCACUUAGACUUGUUUUGUAAAAAUCUUCAUUAUCUUCUUUGUUAUUUAUAUUUAUUUACCGUACUGUAUGCCAUCAGAUAAUUUAUAUGUAAUUGAGUUACUCAAAAUAUGUGUUAAAAUAGAAUUAUAAAAAUAGUAAA